GCGGAAGUGACGCGGCGGGCGCUGUGGGCGGGCGAGGCGGCCAUGGGGAAGCGGGAGCGCGACAAGAAGAAGUCCAAGAAGCGCCACUAUGAUGAUGACGAGGAUGAGGACGACGCUCCCGGCAAGGAGUCGCAGGAGGCGGUGCCGUCGGCGGCGGGGAAACAGGUGGAGGACAGCGGCACCAAGGUGGACGAGUACGGGGCGAAGGACUACCGGCAGCAGAUGCCCAUGAAGGCCGACCACGCCUCGCGACCCCUCUGGGUGGCUCCUGAUGGCCAUAUUUUUCUGGAAGCCUUUUCUCCAGUUUACAAAUAUGCACAAGAUUUUUUGGUUGCCAUUGCUGAGCCUGUGUGCAGGCCGACCCACAUUCACGAGUACAAGCUGACUGCCUACUCACUGUAUGCUGCUGUUAGUGUUGGCUUGCAAACAAGCGACAUCACAGAGUAUUUACAGAAGCUUAGCAAGACUGCUGUCCCAGAUGGAAUAAUUCAGUUUAUCAAGCUGUGUACUGUCAGCUAUGGGAAGGUGAAGCUGGUGUUGAAACACAACAAGUAUUUUGUGGAAAGUACCCACCCUGAUGUCAUUCAGCAGCUUCUUCAAGACCAUAUAAUUAAGGAGUGUCGCCUGAGAAAUGCUGAGGGUGAAGAAACGGAGCUCAUUACAGAGACGUUCACGAGUAAAUCAGUGAUUUCCAAAUCCAGUGAAGGUGGCUCUGGUCCAUCAACAUCACAGGGAACAGAUGCUCAGAAUAAGCCGGAUGUCCCAGCUGACUUAUUUGAGUUUUAUGAACAGAUGGAUAAAGAUGAGGAGGAGGAAGAGGAAACGCAGACAGUAUCUUUUCAAGUCAAGCAGGAGAUGAUUGAAGAACUUCAGAAGCGUUGUAUCCAAUUGGAGUACCCUUUGCUGGCAGAAUAUGAUUUCAGAAAUGAUUCUGUGAAUCCUGAUAUUAAUAUUGAUCUGAAACCUACAGCUGUCCUUAGGCCGUAUCAGGAGAAAAGCUUAAGGAAGAUGUUUGGAAAUGGGCGAGCCAGGUCUGGUGUUAUUGUCUUGCCAUGUGGUGCUGGCAAGUCCCUGGUUGGAGUGACAGCUGCAUGUACUGUCCGCAAGCCGUGUCUGGUCCUUGGUAAUUCUGCAGUGUCUGUAGAGCAGUGGAAAGCCCAGUUCAAGAUGUGGUCCACCAUCGAUGACAGUCAGAUAUGUCGGUUCACCUCUGAAGUCAAAGACAAACCGGAUGUCGGUUCUGUUGCUAUCAGCACAUAUUCCAUGUUGGGACACACGACAAAAAGAUCCUGGGAAGCAGAGAGAGGGAUGGAGUGGCUUAAAAGUCGAGAGUGGGGCCUUAUGAUACUUGAUGAAGUACAUACUAUCCCUGCAAAAAUGUUCAGACGUGUGCUCACUAUUGUACAAGCUCAUUGUAAACUGGGGCUGACUGCUACCCUGGUCAGAGAAGAUGAUAAAAUUGUUGACCUGAACUUCCUGAUCGGACCAAAGCUCUAUGAAGCCAACUGGAUGGAGCUGCAGAACAGUGGCUACAUUGCUAAAGUCCAGUGUGCUGAGGUUUGGUGCCCAAUGUCACCUGAAUUUUAUAGAGAAUACGUAGCUAUCAAAACAAAGAAACGGAUACUGCUGUACACCAUGAAUCCAAAUAAAUUCAGAGCCUGCCAGUUCCUGAUUAAGUUUCAUGAGCGACGGAAUGAUAAAAUCAUUGUAUUUGCCGACAACGUGUUUGCACUGAAGGAGUAUGCGAUCAGACUUGGGAAACCCUAUAUAUAUGGUCCUACUGCACAAGGAGAAAGAAUGCAAAUUCUACAAAACUUCAAGCACAAUCCAAAAAUCAACACGAUUUUCAUUUCCAAGGUAGGUGACACAUCCUUCGAUCUGCCAGAAGCCAAUGUUCUGAUUCAGAUAUCAUCCCACGGUGGCUCUAGAAGACAGGAGGCUCAAAGACUGGGACGAGUGCUGAGAGCCAAAAAAGGCAUGGUUGCAGAGGAAUACAAUGCCUUUUUUUAUUCUCUUGUAUCCCAAGACACUCAGGAAAUGGCAUAUUCAACAAAGCGGCAACGGUUUCUUGUGGAUCAAGGUUAUAGCUUCAAGGUAAUAACAAAGCUUGCAGGCAUGGAAGAAGAAGAACUUUCAUUUUCAACCAAAGAAGAACAGCAGCAGCUUCUCCAGAAAGUCCUGCAAGCAUCUGACCUGGAUGCUGAGGAGGAAGUAGUCACUGGAGAAUAUGGUUCAAAGUCAGCUCAGGUGUCACGUCGUGCGGGCACAAUGAGCUCUAUGUCAGGAGCAGAUGAUACGGUUUACAUGGAAUACCACUCCUCACGGAGUAAGGCAUCUUCAAAUAAACACAUCCAUCCGCUAUUUAAACGCUUCCGGAAAUGAUGCCCUUCAUAUGUGCAUUUUGCUAAAACGGUGGAUCCAUGUACCCAUUUCCAUAGCUGAAAACAUGGAGUUGAAAUUUCUGACAGGUCCUUUAAAAGACUUUUUUUAUAUGCAUCUUUAUAGCCCCAUGUUUACUCAGCAAAAUAUAUGAUUUCAUGAGUGAAUGUAAAAGGAGAAAAGGAACUAAAUCUUACCACAGGAAAGAUAUUGUUCAGUGACUGGGUCCUGGUUAUACCUGUCUGGUUUUCAGGGUAAUUAAUAGAAUUUAUUUUUAUCAGCUAAAGACCCUUCUUCAGAAGAAUUCUGGAAAGGUUUUGUAAAUGAAGUUUGUACUGAUAUUUGAAAUAUUAUUUAUCUGAUUAUUGUGUCUGCUCAACAAAAUGCUGUUUUUUAAAGUGCUUAAUAAAAAUCAUUCAUUGAGUUGAACAAAUUCUGAUAGGAGCACUUUACCUAAUAUUUUUAAACUGGGAGCUAAUUUAUACUUAUGACUUAAACCAUCUUGAAAUUCUAACUAUUUGUCUGGAAAUAUUUUGAAGUUUAAAGACAAAGAGAAAGAGGGACUCUGUCUCCAAAGUAAACUCAAUGAAAACAAGCAUUAGUAUAUAUAAAUUCUGUGCUCCAUUUUCCUCAUUUUUUUUGCUGCUGUUCAGAAGUUGCACGAAUAAAAGCUGUUUCCCUUUUCAUUUAUAUUUUAUUAACCAUCAUAUAAACCCAUUGUAACUGCUAAAUAGUGCAGUGUCACUGCAGGAGUUAUUGAAUCAAAAAGCGUUUUGACUUGUCAUAAGAUGAGUUGCAAGGAGAGGUGUGAAGGAAAGAUUCCUGAGUUAGGGGUUUUUUUCUUAUUGAAGACUGCAGUAGGUGUCUAGAAAAUUUGAGGAGAGGUGGUGGUGGUUUGUGGCAGAAGAACGCUUUUUAAAUAACAGCUGCUUGAUAUUGGGAUAGCUUUGCUGCCUGGUAUUUUAUUAUGAGGUGGGUUUUCUCUGAGUUCGUAGGGCUUUAGGAACAACUUCUGAAGUAACAUUGAUCUAGAUCUGUUGGUUCAAAAUAAACUAGUAUGAAUAUUGACCAUUGUGGAAGGAGUAUGUAUGGUAGAGCUCUUCUGGUUAUAUGACAGACAUGCUUCAGAAAAGUAUAGAAUCACAGAAUAGUUAGGGUUGUAAGGGACCUUAAAGAUCAUCUUGUUCCAACUCCCUGCCAUAGGCAGGGACAUCCCACUAGAUCAGGCUGCUCAGGGCCCCAUCCUGGCCUUGAACACCUCCAGGGAUAGGGCAUCCACAACCUCCCUGGGCAGCCUGUUCCAGUGUCUCACCACUCUUGUAGUGAAGAAAUUCUUCUUAACGUCUAGUCUAAGUCUGCCCCUCUCCAGUUAAUCCUUGUUGCCCCUGGUCCUAUCCCCACAAGCCUUUAUGAGUAGCCCUUCUCCAGCUCUCCUGUAGGCCCCCUUCAGGUACUGGAAGGUCACUAUAAGAUCUCCUCUGAGUCUUCUCCAGGCUGAACAAGCCCAACUCUCUCAGCCUGGAGAGAUUCUGUUUCUUAUUAGCAUCAAUUUACAAAUUGAGACUAUAGAAAUAUUGGAAGCAUAAUUCAGAACAGCAUGGUGCUUGUUUUCAGUUUCUAUCAGAAUAAGGUGAUCUUGAAAAUGGAACUGGUCUGGUUCAGUUUGGACUUUGUUUGGUCUCUGAGCUCUGCCCCAUAGUGCACAGUUCUUUUUCUUGUUCUGAGUCUUCUGCCUCGCAAACUGGGACCGUGGCAGUGCUUGAGUGGCCUACAUAGAAGAGAUUAAUGUGCAGUAUUCUGAUGCUGAUUUCCUCUCCCCAGUUUUAAAACAUUUAUUUACCUCUUAACAGUGGUUUGGACCAUCUCUUGUGGCAACCGUUAGUGGGAAAAUGGUAAUUUAGCACAGUGGGAGGGGUAUGUGACAAUGGGAUAGCUGGGCAAGGCAGCCUGCGAUCCUCUGCAUAAUUCUAACACACUUGAUUAAUUGCUUUGUAAUUAUUCUCUACUCUUAAUAAACUUGGAAAAAAAAACCCUAAUAAAUGUGGAAAUGCCUAAAUAGUAAUACUAAAUUCUGUAAUUGUGACAGUAGUAGUAGCU